AUGGCUAAAGACCUCCAAUUCCCAAAAGAUUCCUUGGAAAACCAAUCACCAAACGUGAUCAAUUCUCCUCAAAAUGAAUGCAAAACCCCAAAAUCACCCUCAUUUUGUAUCCCAAAAAACCUCAAAUGUCCAGGUGCACCUAAGAAACCUAAAAGGGUAGUUUCGUCAUCUUGCAAGAGAAGGCUGCGAUUCGUCGAGAUCAUUGCUGAAGAAGAAGUUGAAUCCUUUUUCAGAAUCAUUGAAGCUGUUGUUGACGAUGAAUGUAACAGGAAAAUCAAGAGGUCAAGGUGUAUGUAA